AUGGCGAUGGCCUUCCUGCUGCUGGGCCUGGGCUUCCUCCUCGGUAUCCUCUCCCUGGCGAUCGCGGAAGGCCUGGCGCUCCUCUGGGCCAUCCGCAGCCUCACGCGCCGCUCAUCGGCCUCACGUGCCACGCCGCCGCCGCCGCCACAACUCCCCGUCAACCCGACCCCGCCGCGGUCUGUGUCUCGCCACGGCCUCAACCGACAGGGCUUCUUGUGGAUGCUGGAGCAACAAAAGACGCCCCCCGGCCCCAAAGACAGCAUCAAUCGCCCUUCGAAUGGCGGUACCACGGGGAUCAGGGACAAGAAGCUCAUCGUCGAGGUUUUCCCUGUAAAAAUGUCUGCCACACUUGAAGGACACUCGCUCACCUUGUCUGGACCUGAUGAUGCCUCGCAGCUAACCAUUGACCUGCUCAGUUGCACAGUUGUUGCUGUUUCUGCAUCCAAUCUGCCCUCACGUAAAUGGGCCAAGAGGUAUCCCAUAAAACUGGAAAGCAAGGAAUCUCAUAUUUGCAGGGGGAGCAAGGUAUGCUAUGUUUAUGCAGACACCUCUUGGGAAAAGGAAUCAUGGUGUAAAGCACUCCGUCUUGCUUCUACUACGGACAAGGACAAACUCAAAUUCCAUGACAUGCUGACUGGAGAGUUCCGCAGUUACAUAGCCUCUUUGAAAGCUGGAUACCCUUGCUUUCUGGGACCCUCAACACUCUCUAGUCAGGAACAUGUGCUUGUGGACAACACUGUGAAGACUGAUGGAUCUUCAAAACUAGGUUUUCUGAAACGGUUGGCAAAGAAGGCAUCCGUGAAGGCUUCUCAGGAGAGCAAAACAGGUAUGGUGCCAUCUAAACAAGAUAUAAAACAACCCAGUACGCCUAGCUCCUCUAUGAGUUUCAACAGCCAGCUACCUGAUUCCCCCAAUGCAAAGGUGGAUGAAAAGCUUGCCAAUGAUGGUACGCUUUGUUGGAACCUCCUAAUCUCUCGGUUGUUUUUUGAUGCUAAAAUGAAUGAUGAGAUGAACAAGGCCAUCAAAGCACGUAUUCAGCGAACAUUGUCAAACACCAGAACUCCAGCCUACAUUGGUGAAAUUACGCUUACUGACCUCAAUCUUGGCAAGCUUCCACCAUAUCUGCACAGAAUGAGAGUCCUCCCACCGGAUUUGAACGAAUCGUGGGCUUUUGAAGUUGACUUUGAGUAUUCAAGUGGAAUACUGCUGCAUAUCGAAACAAGACUUGAGGUUCAGGCGCCAGAGUUGGAAAAGGACAUACUGAAGAUCAAUAUUAAAGACGAUUCUAAUGGGGAUGUGGGUUCAGAUUUCCUUGAUAGUAUUGAGCAAUAUGGUAACCAAUUCAGGCCUUCAGAAGCUUUGGGUUCUGCAGCAGAGGUUAAUGAUGAAGCAGAUACCUUAAGGAAGUCAAAGAGCACUGGGUGGGCAUCAACAUAUAUGCCAAGGUGGAAACGUAUCAUGAAUUCAAUAGCGGACCAGGUUUCACAGGUGCCAUUAUCAUUGGCGAUUAAAAUAUCAUCUGUUCGUGGAACAAUGCGCAUACAUCUAAAACCUCCUCCGAGUGAUCGAGUUUGGUAUGGGUUUACGUCCAUGCCAGAGAUAGAGUGGGAGUUGGAAUCAUCGGUUGGGGAUAGGAAGAUCAGCAGCAGCUACAUCGCCUCACUUAUCGGCAACAGGAUCAAGGCUUCGGUUCGUCAGAGCUUGGUGAUGCCCAACUGUGAAAGUUUUCCUAUUUCCUGGAUGAUAUCAGACACGGAUGACUGGGUGCCCCGCAGAAUCGCACCUUUUAUAUGGCUGAACCGUGAGCCCACUGAGACUAGCACAAGGCGUGCUGCAGACACAACUAGAGAGAUGCCAGGGGAAGCUUUCGCAUCCAAGGCCAUUGCAAAGAACAAGUCAAGUCCGCUGCCGCCUUCAAGAAGAAUCACCAAUGGAUCGUGGAAUAAGACAAACAUAGGUAUUGAUGGGCCAGAGCAAGCAGAAGCAUCAACGAGCUGGCAGACUUGGCUGGUUUCAGCAAGCAGAGCUCCUCUGCAGUCAAAUGAUGAUGCAACAAGGGAACAGCUGAGGAUGCCACUGCUGAGCUGCAGCGGAGAUGAGACAGCAGGACUUGUGGAGAAGACAUCACCUUCUGCUGGUGAGGAGGGAGAUGCAAAGAAGAGGAAACGCGGUGUUCGGCGUGCACGGGUGAUGGAUCUGGGGAGGAGGAUGGGGGUCAAGCUGGAAGAGAAGGGCAAGCAUUUCAUCAGAAAGAUGCGCGAGAAUGCAAGGAACAACCACCUGCUAUUGCCGGACUUGGAGCAGGCCACCACUCCUGCUCCUGCUCCUAGUUAG